AAACAAAGAUUUGACAAGUAAAUGUUUCAUAACAGCAAUUAGCGAUGUAGUGACAGUAAUAGUGAACUUUAAUAAUAGUAAACAACUUGACGAAAUAAAAGAUAUACUUGAGCUAAAUUAAAUCGAGUGUUGUGGAUUAAAAUGCAAGAAGGAAAUAAAUUACCACUGAAACGAGUGGAACUUUCAUUGACAAAGUUCAAUGAAGUGGCUAUUCCACAUCAUUUAAACCUCCUUCGACAACACAAAGCAAAUAUCAUCAAGUAUGAGGAGGCCUGCGAUUACGCGCGCGUCAGGUCAGAGCAGACACACGCUCGACGUGUCGCUAGUCAGCUGCGGACUCUUCUUGGAGAGCUGGACUCUCUUCGGAGACAGGUCAGGGCGGAGGACGUCGCUGAGUUCGACGGACGCACACAGAGGUCACGGGACCUGACGCUCAGAGCCAUCAUGGACUAUCUGGGUGUGAUUGAACGGAGUUGUAUAGCGUUAGUGAGAGGCCGACCAGGUCGCGUGAACCGCGAGUCCUCGCCGAUGUGUAUGAGGCGGGGGGCGGAGGCUACGGCCGCGCCUGGGGGCUCCACCGACUCGGUCGGAGUGCUCUCACACGCGGACACCACUGACACCACUGAACAGAUACAACUACAGAUCGACGAACAGGAGCUGUAUCUCCGUGAGCGCGAGGCGGUGCUCCGCGGUUGGGGCGACCUGCAGGCCGAGCUUCGCGCACUCCACGACGCCUGGCAGACCGUGCAGGCCGCCGCGCUCGCUCAUAAGACACAGGUGCACGAGGUGUCCAAAGACGUCCAGGAAGCCUCCGACAACGUGGAGUCGGCGCGCCGUCACCUCGCCGUCGCUGAGAGACUCCGCUGCGGGACGUACGGCGUGCUGGGGGCGGUGGCGGGGGCGGCGGCCGGAGGACCCGUGGGGCUCGCGUUGGGGCUCAAGGCGGGCGCAGCUGCAGCACUCGCCUCCUCGCUCGUGGGGUACCUCGCCGGCAGAGUAUUUGGAAGAAAGAGACAAGCUCAGCUAGAGGAGAGCACAGAUGAUACAAAAACAACAGGUGACGCAGAACAUAGACAAGAUGUCAGACAAGAGACAACACAACAGAAAGAAGAUAAAAAGGUUCGCUAACAUAUGGAGUGCGCUUGUUGUUAAAGAGCGCACUGUUGGGGAGGUGUGUGGAGUGAACGUGACAUUCAAAUAUAUUAUAUACAUACAAUGUCUCAACAUAUACAGUGUAUAUGCUGAGAGUUUGCUGUGAUACAUGUGCUGUUAGUAUAGAAACUGAUUUAAAGAACAAUACCAGUCAUUCAAUAAUAAUAUUUCCUUGACAACUGUUUUCAUAAUGUUCUAGUCAAUAAUCACACUGAAUGAUUUAUUUAUUUAUUUACUUUUGCUUUGUGUCUUAUUUGUUCCUUCACAGUUAUUUCUGCUUAUAGAUGUAUUGCAUUGUAACAGCUAACUAAUGAGACGAUAAGAAGUCUUAACAAAAUAUUAUCUCAUUUCCAUGUAAAGAUGUAUUUUAAAUAAGUAAAAUUAUAUUUUUAUUAUGUAUUUUCAUUGACUUUUUAAAUAGUUAUGUUUUUUUUUAAAUAUACUUAUUACUUUGGAGCCUUUUAAACUGUUUUAUUGAGAAUACUUUAUAUUCCAUACCCAAAGGAAAAAUAUUAAUAAACACAUAUAUUCUUAUGUAUGAAUUGUUUAUAUUGUGAAUGUUAAUGUUCAUUUAUAAUGUUAAUGUUAUAAAUUUAAUUAAAUUGUUUUGUUAAUCACAAUAUAUCAAGCAUUGAAAAUAAACUAAAACUCAUAAAUGUAUUUUUUUUGUAAAUAUUUUUACGGCUCUGGAUACGAGUCCUUUUGAGUUUUAUCAUAGACUAUGUAUGACAAUUCAUUUGACAAAGUACACUGAAAAUCCGUUAUUGUCUGUCACAGUUAAUAAAUCACUUUGUAUUAUAUAGACAUUAUAAACUUUCCACAGUAUUGGUAAUAAACUCGUAUAAAUGCUUACGCCAGUGUUGCCACUUACCAUAAAGUUUAUGCUUAAUCGUCAUUUUUGUUCACUGUCUUGAUAAACAUUUUUCUCUUGUUUUAGCUACUAAUUAAAUUUCUGUCGUUACUCGAGACAUCUAAAAUUAAGCAUUUGGUGGCUAUUUAAGUAUUUUAUCUGUCGCCCAAUAUAUCUUGAACAUACUGAAAUAAAAUAUGAAUGUACAUAAA